GUGUAUAAUCUAUGGUAAUAAAAUUGUAUUCAAUCAAAGCUUAAAGUUUUAGCGUAGAUGAUUUUGUAAUUUGUAUGCAAUUAAAUAUGUAGUAGGUAACAAAAAUGAGAGAGUAUUUAAUUACUGAGCGAAUGUACCCACAGAAAUGCACAAUGACUGAAGGUCGGGUGAUGGGUCGUCGAUUUGUGCUAACCCUGGUGAUCGGCAUAUCGGCCGGAUUUAGUUUUGCGUACAUAUUAUUAACAUCCACGGCAGGCUCAAGGGAUGUGGCUUGGCCAGCGUACAGAGAGUCCCUACGUGACCUCGACAGACAUCCAAUAGUGAAUAUAGUUGAUCACGGAAGCGACGAACCGGCCCACAAGGAUGAGGACCGAUCGAUUGCCGACGAACUGUCCAAACGCGUCAGAGUGUUGUGCUGGGUGAUGACGCAGCCGAGCAACCAUGAGAAAAAGGCCAAACACGUGAAGGCCACGUGGGGGAAACGGUGCAAUAAACUACUCUUCAUGAGCAGCGUUGAAGACAGCAACCUGCCAUCGGUAAAGCUUCCCGUGCAAGAAGGUCGAGAUUACUUGUGGGCGAAGACGAAAGCCGCCUUCAGAUACGUGUACGAACAUCACCGGAGGGAGGCCGACUGGUUCCUGAAAGCCGACGACGAUACUUAUGUUGUCGUCGAAAAUCUGAGGUACAUGUUGGCUGACUACAGUAGCAACGAUCCUGUGUACUUCGGAUGCAGGUUCAAGCCGUUUACGCCCCAGGGGUACAUGAGCGGCGGCGCGGGCUACGUGCUCAGCCGGGAGGCGCUGGACCAGUUCGUGAACAAGGCGCUGCCCUCCCCGCAUCUGUGCAAGGCCAGCGACCACGGCGCAGAGGACGCGGAGAUCGGCAAAUGUCUCCACAACAUCGGGGUGAGGGCGAUGGACUCCCGCGACUCGAUGAGGCGGGGCCGGUUCUUCCCGUUCGUCCCGCAGGACCACCUGUUCCCCAACAAGGACAAGGGCUUCUGGUACUGGAGCUACAUCUACUACCCCAGCGACGAGGGCCUGGAUUGUUGCUCCGACCACGCCGUGACGUUCCACUACGUCAACCCGCAACAGAUGUACGUGUUCGACUAUCUCAUAUACCACCUUCGGCCUUACGGCAUCACGUUCGGAGCUGGCGAGCUGCCCAAGAUACUCAGGAACGAUACCAAGUAGAUAUUUACUUUAGUAACUAGUCAGACCCCACGGAGGUUACGUUUGAAGAAGAAAAAAAAAGAAAAGAUAAAAAACUUUCUAGUCGUUCUUAAAUAACGGCUCGCCAUUGUUUCCCAAAGAAGAAAAAAACUAAGCAAUAUCGUACAGUACCCGGCGAUAAAUAUUUCACAUCGGCUUUUUAAGUAAAGAUAUUAUAGAUUAUCGGCUUAUUUCGGCUUCGGACACGGCUACUGAUAAGCGUCUCAUAGGUAGUGUGCGACAGAGAUAGCGCUCCACGAAAAACAAAUUAGCAAAUUGUUUCUUGUCCAAAAGUCGAUGUGCAGUAUUUAAUGUCGGGUACUGUACAAAACUAAAACAUUUUAUUUUUUUAGUUUUUAAUUCGCUAUCGUUCCUGAAAAAUUGAUCGCAUAAUACAUUCCUACAGACUUACUGUAAUAAGACUAGAAACUUGUAAAUAUGUUAAUUGAAGAAAACUUAAAAAUAAGAGAAUUAAAGACAUAAUAUUAAGGAUUAUUUACUAUUAGAAUAUAAGACUUGAUUUAACUUUUGCAAGAGUAAAGCGCUUUGUAACACUCAAAAGCAUUUUGUUUCAAAAUUUAGCGCGAUUAAAUAUAAAGUGUAGUCAUAAAUCUAAGGAUUCAUAGUUAAUGAAAAUUUAAAAGGACAUAAGCCAGCUUAGUUGAACUCUGCCUUAGUUUUAGCGUUAUCGUAACUAGAUGUCGGUGGGUUUGACAUUCUCAAUGCACCAACAUUAAUUACAUGUUUAUCUUUUUUGGUAUUUAUUAUUUAUUAUAUUUAAAUAUUUGAUAUUAUUGUAAAUACUGAUUGGUACAUUCGUUAAUUAGAAAUAUUAAAAAAAAAUCUGUGUAUUAAGAAAUGUUUGUGUAGUUUUUAAAAACAUUUGACGUCCGCAUUACACGUGUAUCGAACGUCAAAUGAACAACUAACGCCAUCUCUGAUCUAAGCAAUAUACUUGUAAUAUUUGAUAUUAGUUAAAAAAUAUAUAAUUUAUAUCACGUUUAAGUGAAAAAAUCUAGGUAAGUAAUCUGCGUAGAAAUAUUAAAGCAAAUACAAUAAUUAUUAUUACAAGAAAAUACCAAAGAAUCUCAAGUCUUAGAUUAAUACGUAUGCAAAUAGAGGUACUAAUGUAGCAUUUCUACGUCACUUCGUUACCUAUUCUAAAUGUAAGCAAAUAAGGAUUUUAUUUUAUUAUUUGAAGAAGUUUUCUAAAGACGCUUUAUUGAAAAAGGUGUUUUAAAAUUUGUUGUUGAUUAAAGACCUGUAUUGUAUUGAUGUGUAUUUUAAGUUUGCCGGUGCGACAUUGGUGGGAAUAUACAGCGUGUAUUAACGGUUUGUAGUAAAGCGGAUCGUUCGCCUAUCUAGGUGGUAAUUACUUCUUCUUCUUUUUCUCCACCUUAUCCCACUAGGUGGGGUCGGCACAGCUAAUUUUUCUCUUCCAUUCUCCCCUAUCAGCCGUCAUCUCGACACUCAUCAUAGCGUCAUUCAUAUACUACAUCGGUCGACCUCUAUCUUGCACUACCAUUAUCAUAAAUCUCCUAGUCACAUGCAUCUCCUCUCUACGCAUCACAUGUCCAUACCACGCUAACCGUCCGCUCUUUAAUUUGUUGAUUACGGGGCUACUUUCACAUUUCCUAUAGGCGGUAAUUUUUUUUUUAUUGCUUUUAUGGGUGGACGUGCUCACAGCCCACCUGGAGUUAAGUGGUUACUGGAGCCCAUGGACAGCCACAACUUCAAAUACUUAAUUUUCGAAACAAGCACCGUAAUACAAAUAAAUCUAAGGCAGAUUUGUCGCGCGUAGUGGGCGUCGGCUAACUGCCCUUUGCUGGUUCCCAAAAUAAGAAUUUAUUAACAACAAGUUUUAAUGCUUUGCUUAUAGACAUGUAUACAUAUAUCGAAGGAUGAAAGGCUUAAGUGACAUUUUUGCAACUUCACAGGAGAACAAUUUAAUGGCUAAAAUUUGGAAAAAAUAUCAACAACAAAAAACUUGUUCAGUUAUUUGAAUAGAGUAAACUUAAUUGAAGUUCAAUUAAAAACAUCGAAUCAACAAUUCAAUUAAAAACAUCGAUACUAAUAGCAAAUAAAAGGGAUCUUUAUUUAGAAAGAUAAAUGUCGCGUAUUUAGCAAAAUGAUACUUAAACCAAAUUAGUAGUUAUCCCUGGAUAUAGUUUUACCGUUUUUGCUUAGGAAAAGGACAGUUUAUCAAGUAAUAAGGACAGAUCUUAGUAAGAGGGCAGAUCUAAAAGAAAAGUUCGGAUUUUUUAAACUAAAAGUCAAUAAACCGAGGAAAGUGUAUCCUUAUUUAAAAAAUAAUACUAAUAGGUUAAUAAAAACCUUAAUUUUUAAUUAAAAUAUUAAUUAAAAAUGUAAAUUGAAUCGAAUUUUAAAGCACCUUAAGUGAUCUUCAGACAAUGCGUUCGCUUAGUACAUUUCUCGUAGUCAAUAUUAAUUUAUUUUCUUGCCAAUUACGAAUAUUCCUAAUUUGUGAUAAAAUAUUAUUUAAAAAUUUUGCAAAAGCGUUUUGAUAAACCAAAGAUUUAAGACAAACUUGUACAAAGUUUUCAAUAAAUUAGUUUAUUAUUUGUAUUUCUUUUAUCACUUCGAAGGUUAAAUAUUCCGCCCCAAACACAAAUCUAUUUUAACAUUUAGUAAUUACACAUUACUUACUUUGAAGUACAUUAUUAUUAUUUUUCAAUGUUUUCGGACGAAAAAACCGAAGUAAUUUUUUUUUCUCCUAACUAUGCUGAUAGCCUUGAGAGGCUAUUUCUGUAUUUGCUUUGCGGGAAAGAGACGCAGCAUCCUUUCUCAACUCCCACCAAAUCGACCAAUGUCAGAACUUUUUUGGUCGGUUUUAAUUAUUUCUUGAAAACUAUAAUAUGUGCUGUAUUACAGCUAUGUUUCCACCAUUUUUACCACACUUUUUUACCUGUAUCUAUAAAUUAUUAGCUUCACCUGUAUGCGACUAACUCUUGUAUCUUUCCACAUACUUCAAGACAUCAGAUUAAUUCGAAAAUGUGUAACACUUAUAUCGUAUUCAUUGUUUUGACCUAAUUUUCUGACAAGAAUCAGUAGAAUAAUAAAAGAUUUUUAAUUUAUAACUCUGUCUGCUAUUGUUUGCUUGUUUUUUUCUUCAUUAUAUUAUUUAUUAAUUGAAAACAAUGAGUAUUGCGUUCACGUUUGGUCUGCGAGCAAUUUCGCUACACGUCCGCCAUUAUAAGCCAUUAUAAUAAAUUUAUUUGAUUUAUACGAUAUUUAUAUUUUGUUAUUUUUAAGUUGUUCAUUGCUCAGUUUUUUUAUUUUAUUUAUAUUUAAUAAAGAUACUUGAAGUUGUU